CCCAAGCUUGCGGAAGCGACUGCUGGAUUUUGCACGUGAAGCUGCAGUUAAGAUCCUGGUUAAGCCUCCACCAUGUUUGGCUCCUCCCGAGGUGGCGUGAGAGGAGGGCAGGACCAGUUCAAAUGGGAAGAUGUGAAGACGGACAAACAACGUGAAAACUAUCUUGGGAACUCCUUGAUGGCACCGGUGGGCCGUUGGCAAAAGGGCAAGGACCUUACCUGGUAUGCCAAGGAGAAGAAAGGCGAUGCAUCUAUGUCCCGCAAUGAGGAGCUGAGCGCCAUCCGGCAGGCGGAAAAAGAAGCUAUGAUGGCAGCUCUAGGUUACAAGAACGUGAAAAAGCAGCCGACGGGACUGAGUAAAGAGGAGCUCGCCGAAGUCUGCAAACGCAACGAAGGAGAAGCUGAUGAGAAGAGUGUGGAUCGCCUCAUGGGGUUGGGCAGCUCACGGAAUGCUGGCGGAAGAAUGGUGUUUUCCAAGGAAGACAGAGAAGCUGCCAAGCUGGGCCUAUCCGUGUUUACGCAUCAACCAGUAGCAAAGGCUGCCAAACCCUCAUCUCCUCCGAAGAAGCUGGAUGAGGAAAGCAAGACACUGGAGAGCAAGUCCGUCAAGAAGUCGAAAAAAGAGAAGGACAAGAAGAAGAAAAAGGAGAAAAAGAAACAGAAGAAAGAAAAGAAAGAAAAGAAAGGAAAGGAGAAAGAGAAAGACCAGAAGAAGAGAAGGUCUUCAUCAUCAAACAACCUUACUCCGGAUAACGAGAAAAGGAAAAAGAAACCUUCUCUGGAUCCUAGCCGGGAUGAUAGACCAUCGUCCCCGGCCCGAGCAGCGCACCAAUCCUCCGACCGGUAUCAUCGCGAAAGAACUUCGACGCCUCCCUCCAAGCCAAAAAGGGACGACCACCGACACCGAAGUCAUAGAAAGUUCCCGGUUUCCAGAGAAGACAAAACCUCAGAGUCCCGGAAACGGACAUGGGAUGAAUCUGUACCAUACCUCCCGGCCAAGAAGAGGCAUGACACGGAUUCAGACAAUUAAUACAUCCUUAUAAAACAAACCCAGAUUUACCCAUCAUGUCGUUACUUUGACAGUUAAGCGGAAACGGAUUCUGGUUUGGUGCAAAAUUCUGCAUCCUUUUUCUAGAUGGGACGUUGAUUUGCCCAUCUCACCCCAUCCCAUCCAUCGACACCGCUGCUCAAAAAUAAUAAUUAUUUUUGUUUCAAAAGUAUCCUGUCCUUUAACGGACAUAAAAUUUAGCCAUGCUAACCUGGUCAGAGCAAGACAAUAGUUUACAAAUGCCAGGUGCAAAAUACGGAAUUACCAGAGUUUUUUUUUUGGUUUUUCCUCCCAAAGUUGAUAAAGUCUGAUGGGUCGCAUAGAAUUUAAUUUUUUUUAAAGCAAUAGAAUUUGGAGAUCAGAUACAUCCCAGGUAACAGGAGUUACUUUCAGAUUGCAAAAAAUCUGCUUCUGAACCUCCAUCAGGCCAAAGCAAGGAGUAGAAACAGUUUAUGGGGUUGUUGGGAUUUUUUUUUGGAGUGUGUGUAUGUAGUUGCGACCGUCAGCCGAUUUCAGAAGCAACCUCGGAUCUUGUAAUUAAAAAGCAGAUUGAUUACAGAUAUUGUCAUUAAAUUGAAUCAUUGGGAUCAGUUCA